AUGGUUUUCCGUCCUGGGCCGCUGGCUGGGAACCUCCGGGAGAUUCCAGACACCGUUCCGCUUUGCGACUUCAUGCUAGAUGAAAGAUACGGCAGACGACCGAUAGCUGAGUCCUUGGACCCGUUCGUGUGUGGAAUCAGUGGUAGAACGGUUUCGGCACAGCAGCUGAGGGAUCGUGUCGAUCAUCUGGCCAAAGGGUUGGCGCAACAUGUUGGGUGGGUGGCAAACGAUGGUACAGAAUUUGAUAAGGUAGCAGUCAUCUUUGCGCCUAACACUAUUGACACCUUGACAAUUUCGUGGGCUAUUCAUCGCCUUAACGGUCUAUCAUCACCGGCAAACGCAGUCUACAGUGCCGAAGAGCUCCAGUAUCAGCUCGACAUUUCGCGAGCGACAGUUCUAUUCACCGUUCCAUCAUUGCUACCAAUUGCUUUGAGAGCGGUUUACAAAUGUAACCUCAAUCAAGACCAUGUCAUUAUCUGCGAGAUGCCUGGCGAGCCUCAACCGCCAAAGGAGUAUCAGACGGUAUCGAAUUUAAUGGAACAAGGCGCCACACUACCAGAACUGGAUGUUCUCAGGUGGACCAAGGCACAGGGCAGGCGUCAAACAGCCUUCCUUUGUUUUUCCAGCGGUACAUCAGGCACUCCAAAAGCCGUUAUGAUCUCUCACUAUAAUGUGAUUGCUAAUGUUUUGCAAAUCCAACUCUUCGAGCAACAUAUACGCGACGCUAUCGAACCGGGCUAUCGUGAUGUCACCCUGGGAUUAAUGCCUUUCUCACACAUCUAUGGUCUUGUUGCUAUAUGCCACACUGCGGUCUACAGAGGGGACGGCAUUAUCGUUCUUCCAAAAUUUGUCUUCAAGGAUUUUCUCGCGUCAAUUGAGAGGUUCAAGAUCAACACGCUUUCGGUUGUACCUCCAAUUAUUAUCACUAUGGUUAAGAACAAGGCACUCUGCGACCAGUUCAAUUUAACCAGUGUCAGGCAAAUCAUGACUGGUGCGGCUCCACUUGGCCAAGAAACUGCUCAAGAGUUUGCUUCACAGUAUAGCAAUUGGGUGACUCGACAAGGCUACGGCAUGACUGAAACUGCGACGGCUGUCACCAAUACCAGUCCUCUCGAUGUAUGGUUUGGCUCUUCUGGGUGUCUCCUGUCUGGCGUUGAGGCGAAGCUACUCAGCCCAGAAGGUACUGAGAUUACCACCUAUAACACGCCCGGCGAGCUGUUGGUGAAGGCUCCUAGCGUUGUCCUGGGGUAUCUAAACAACCCGGAAGCCAAUGAAGAGACCUUUAUUGACAUGGAUGAUGGUCGCUUUGUCAAGACUGGCGAUGAGGUCGAGUUUCGCAAAAGUCUUGCAGGCAACGAACACGUCUGGGUGGUGGAUCGGAUAAAAGAGUUGAUCAAGGUCAAAGGUCUUCAAGUUGCACCUGCAGAGCUCGAAGCAUGCCUUCUAGAGCAUCCGGCUGUAGCCGACUGUGCUGUAAUCCCUGUCGCUGAUGAGCGUGCAGGCGAAGUGCCCAAAGCCUUUGUUGUCAAGUCUGCUGCUGAUUCCACAGACGACGAAAAUGUUAUCAAGCAAAGCAUUUUGAAACAUGUUGAGAAGGCCAAGUCACGUCACAAAUGGCUCGCUGGAGGCGUGGAGUUCGUCGACAUUAUUCCCAAAAGCCCCAGUGGCAAGAUUCUACGGCGUCUGCUACGCGAUGUUGAAAGAGAGAGGAGAGGCACGAAAGCGAAACUCUAG